UAACGCCAAUCACCGAUGAAACUAACGUUUAGGUCGCGUCCAGCCUGGCCUGGUGUAUAUUGCGCAGUGUUGUGCAGCGAGAGAUGUGGCUAUAUUUGCGUGUUUUGGCAAGGCACGGAGGCCAGGCGGCUCGGACAACAGUGGGCGAGUGUACUACGCCACCGCCGCAACCGCGCGAUACCGCCUGUCAGUGUCUCACGCUCUUCUGGCGCGGUUACUGGAGCACGGCACGGUUCCGCGCGCGACCUUGCCCACUACACUGCACCAUACAGGGAUACAAAGCCAACCAUGGAGUUCUUGAACAGGCUUCUUCAUCGGAACACGGGUGGAGGAGGAGGUAAUUCAAACUCUCCUAAAUUACUCCAACCAAAGGCUAGUGAGAAUCCCAACCUAAACAAGAGUGAAACUCAUAUAAAUGUUAAAGAAGGCCACGAUGUUGUAUCACCAUCCAGAAGUGACACAGUUUCGAAGUUGUCAGUUCCUGCCACAUCAAAACGUACCAAGACUGCACAUCAAACAUUGGAGAAUGUUCAACCUCAUAAUUUGGCUCUUGAAGGUGAAGAAGAUGAGACAUUUGAGGACGCGGAAGAAAAUAAGUCAAAUCUUACAGUACUAGCUGAAGACUUAGAUAAGCUACACUUAGGCACACCUGGAAGAAAUGUAGUAACUUCAGCUGCCAGUCAUGAGUUUGUGAAUACCAAGCAGUUUAGAGUAAACUCAUUACGUCUAAGUGACAGUGAUUUCUUAUAUGAAAGUGAUGAUGCUAGUGAUGUAUCUCAGAAUAACAGUUUGAAUAAAUCAAACUACGAAGUUUCACCAGUUCUCAUUAAAUCCAGUGAACACAUGUCUAAAAGUAUGGAGGUUCAAAGCUUUUCCGAAGGUAAAAAAGAAUUAAUUAAUGUGCCAAUGAGCUCAAGUGUUAAUUUCACAGAAAGCCUGUCUGGAGAAAAUGAUUUUGGUAUUGUCAAUUUUUGUGAUAUUUCUUUGUCUCCAAAUUUUGUCCAACCUUCUGAUUUACAAAAAAGUGUUGCUGAGAUUGAUAUAACAUCCCCAAAGGAAAAUUCUAAAAGUAUUAGUUUUCAAUCACCUACAGAUGAAACUACUGCAACUAACCUUGAAAAAUCCUAUGCAGACUGUAAAGAAUCUUCAUUAUCUCCUUUCAAGAUAGAGUUCAAGGAGAAUUUUGCUAAGAUUGAUUCAACACCAGAAGUACACAUUUCUCAGACGGAUGAUUCAAUGUCUUUGACCAGUAUUGAAAAAGAUGCUGUGGCAAUUGAAUCUGUGAUUGUAAACUCAGCAUUUAGUAAUACAGGUGUCUCACCAGUUUCAAAAAAUAAAGUAGAAAAAGACACUGACUUAAUUAUAAAUACUUCAGCCGGAAAUCUUUCACUUUCUUCUCUAGAUCAAGUAAAUCUUGUUAAAAGCAGUGCAAAUCACAUAAUAGAUGAUGAAAUCAAAAUUACUGAAGACAACAAUGCAAAUGUAAAUGCAGAAUUCAAUAACAGUAUGGUUGACAGUAAUACUCUAACUGAAACAAAUUCCAACAUAGCAACUCCCAAAAUAAUGACCUCUGUAUCAAAUUGUGGAUCACAACAUAAGAUUGACACAGUCUUAACCACUACUGUACAUGAUGAGGUUUUUUCCAUCAACUCACCCGUCUAAUUCACUCUCAUCAAUUGAACUUGAAGAUACAGUUGAUGUAACAGUAUCUGACAAACUACCUGAUAUAGUCAAUAAUGUUAAGGAUUGUAAACAAUCUGAGAAUCACCAAAACACUGUUGAAGUUGUUACACUUUCUGAAUCUUUCCCAACAAAAUUUCAAUCUAAAGAUGUAACUUUACUUAAUGAAUUAAAUAGACAUGAAGAGGGUGAGAUAGCAGGAGAUUGUAAGGAACUGUUAGAGCAUAUGGAUUUGAAUGCCGCAGGAAUUAAAGUACAGUCAACUUACAUUUCUUCAUCUGAUGAAAUAACUGAUAAAAUUAUAGUUCCUGAAAAGGAAAUACAAUCUGAAGAUAAUGUUACAAAAUCCACUGUAAACACCAACAUUUUUUCAACUGUUUCUGAACUCAACCUUGGUGAAACAUUACAAAUUGUAUCAUUGUCUCAGAAAACUGAUAUUCCUUCAUCUGAAGAAAUAACUGAAAAAAUCAUAGUUCCAGUUUCAAGCCAUGCAGAAGAAAUACAAUAUGAAGAAAGUGCUUCAAAAGCCACUCUAAACGUAGCAAAUUCUUCGAAUUUAUCUGAACCCAUCCUUGGUGAAACUUUAGAAGCUUCGUCCUCUUCUCAAAAAACACUGGAACAACAAACAGAAAAUAGCAAACUACUCCAUGAUGAAAGUAUUGAUGUGAGCACUGAAGAACAAGAGGCAAAAUUAAGUUCUUUAUCAGAAGUUGCAUGUACAGAAAAUGCCCUUUCAGAAGUUUUAAAAAGUGGUAUAUCAUCUGAAAGUAAGGAUAAUUAUAAUGAGAUACUAGGAAAUGAAGAACUUACUAUUCCAAAUUUACCAGAGCUUAUCUGUGAAAGAACCAACAUUCAUCAGAAAUUUGAUGACGAAAUACAAUCUGACACAAUGAAAUUUUCAGAAUUGACUUUGAAUGAAGUUGCAGAACAAAAAACCAAUGAU